UUAGAGUUUCCUCUAUAAAAAUUAGUUUUUUAAUACAGUAGUUUCAAUUAAUUAAUUUUUCGUCGAAGAAACGUGUAUAAAGUUGCUCAAUUUCUGUAAAUUUUGGGUAUCAUUUUCCAAGACCUCCGUCCUUCAGCGGUUCCUUACUUAUUUUCAAUUCCAAAGCCAUUUACGUAUUUAUUGACCACUAUCUCGCCUCUUCAUACCUGAUAAACGUUCGUGCUUCCGCUGAAAAUUGUACGUCGAAAGCUCUCAAUUGCAUGUGCAACUCAAACCUCAACUAGUUAUCUUUCGUACUCCUUCUGUAACUGAUUCCAUUUCCCCUUGAAAUAUUUCACCACUUACAUCUCACAACAACAACUCGAUCCAGUUGAUGUGCAUUUUUGGUUACCGCACUCUCUUCUCCUUCAACCGUGAGUAAAACCUAUCGGCCUCCAUCGUUUUAUGUUCAUACCUCCGUCACAAAACAAAUUCGUCCUCCUCGAUUCUCGGCUAAUUUCUGAGCGGUAAUUUCUGUGAUGUAUCGGUUAUCACAACUGAGGAGGUACGGCGGAUCCCAAUCCACCACGCAGUUUGGCAGCUCAAAACGCGACAAAGAAAAGGAAAUGGGUUCUGCCUCGACCGUCUCUUCGGCCACCUCUUCCCGACCAACGAGAACCGCCGAUGAUUCUAUGGUCAAAUCGAGGGAAGGGCGACCCGACCAAUACACUAAUUUAACAACCUCUGAUAAACCUUCGAGUGAAGUGUCCUCUUCGUCCAUUGUCGGAAGAGAUCAGAACUCCCCUUCUACACAUGGUAGAGCUACCACUGAGCUGUCGAAGGUUGUUUCUUCUACCUACUCCAGCAGUGACCUUCACUCUUCCUCCAACUAUGAAAAGCCUGCUGAUCUACCAACUUUUGCUUCCACCCAUGAGAAAACCACUGAUGAACCUUAUUUUUCAGCCAGCAUCGAUAAGUCAAAAGAUGAACCUUCCUGCCCCAAAGACAGCAAGAAAACAAGUCAACCUACGUAUAGUGCUACUAUACCAGAUAUACCAGAUACAGAUUCAUCUAACAAGUGUUGUGAAUCCGAUGCUCAAGAAAGUAGAUCGUCCAGCAAAAAUCAUGCGAAGGACUUGAUUGCUUCGCAUGUAAAUGCGUACAGCGGGCUAUUAACUCCAGAAGAAUCAUUCGCGACAGAGCCUGAUAUUUCUCACUCAAAAUCAACUUCAGAACAAAUCGUGUCACCAAUGAACAACACAGCAAACUCAUCAAACGAGUCAAGAGUUCCCACGAAGUCUCCUUCGAAUGUGAAUGAAUUCCGGAAAUGUUCUUCCCCGAGUCGGAACGCAAGCUGCGGCGAGGCGGUGCCAGAGAUCUCUGUUGUAGCUGAUGAUAAGAAAGAAGAAGAGGAGUCCGAAGAAGAAGAAGAAGAUGACUUAGUGAAGGAAGAAGAAGAAAAAAACUCCAAGCAAAAUUUUGACACUGAAAAGAUUGACAUGGACGGCGAAACAUGCGAUAAAGAAGACUACAAUAACACGAUCUCUGUUGUAGUUGAUGAUAAGAAAGAAGAAGAAGAACAUGAGUCCGAAGAAGAAGAUGAUGAUCUAGCGGAGGAAAUGGAGGAGAAAGACUCAAAGCAAAAUUUUGACACUGAAAAGACCGACAUGGAUGACGAAUACGAUGAAGAAGACUACAAGAAAGAUGAUUCGACAAACGGCGAAGAGGAUUCAGAAGAUGAAAUGGAAGGAGCUGUUGCAGACGCCGAUCAGAAUGAUUCCGGCUACGAUUCUUACGAAGGCAAGAAAGGCAGCAGCGCCAAAAACCAAGCCAAAUCUCGUCUGCCCGACCAUGCCGUUCAGCCGAACUCAGUCUCUCCAGGCUCGUCAGGAACAACGUCACCCACUCACCCAUCGUCACCAAGUUCUGACGAUUUAAAAGACGAGAAAAGUCCACCCCAGACGUCGCUUUCCGACGACUCCGCUGAUAUUAAGUCCAACAAGUCCUCAAGUAAAGACUCUUCGCCACACAAGAAAAAGAAACCCACAGCAGAUCCAGAAAAACCUGCGGUCGUUCCUACACCUACAGAGGUUGUCACCAACCCGCUGCUGCAAGACGCCAUGCCGAAGGAUAAACCUUUUGACUUCAGAGAAUUCCUGGAGAGCAAGAAGGAAGACUUCGAGGAGAGAUGGAAGAAGCCUGAGAAG